AUGGAGAUGACUUUAGAGAAAAAUAUAUCUAACACUGUUCAACAGAAUUCUACAUCGGACCAGAAAAUGUGGGAGUCCGCCAUUCCUCCUGCGCUACAGUUUGGAUUUGGGGUCAUUGGAAAUAUCAUUGCUCUCGUGGUACUAGUGACGUCAUCAAAGAAGCACAAAUGGCGGCCGUUCUAUCGCCUUGUUGGUGGUCUGGCGAUGACAGACGGUGGAGGUAUACUCUUAGUGUACCCAACGGUCAUGGUCCGUUAUGCUACAGACUUCACAUACGUAUUUCCUAAGGAGCUAUGCAACUACAGUUCCUUUGUUUACACUUUCACUCUGAUUUCCUCAGCAAUGAUUGUGUGCGCAAUGUCACUUGAUAGAUUUGUCGCCAUUUUGUACCCCUUUACCUACAACUCAGAUAAAAAUGGACGGCGAGCCAACAUCAUGUUGGGUAUCAUUUGGUCAGUAGGGGCCCUUGUUGCAGGUCUCCAAUUGGUUGGACUUGGUUCUAGCUUUAACUACUACCCCAAGUCAUGGUGCUUCAUUAACUUCGUAGAAAUGGAUAUGCUGGAUAGGAUUAAUUCGUACAUCUAUUCUGUCUUUGGAUUUCUCAUUCUGCUAGUCACUAUAUCUGUUAACACCGUGGUUAUUGUCUCAGUGGUGAGGAACAUGAAAUCAGACAUCCGCAGUUCCAAACGGCGGCAGAAAAACGACAUCUUUAUUGUAUCCUUCCUUCUUGUUAUUGUCAUCGUAUUCAGCUCCUGUUGGGCACCAUUGAUAAGUAUCAUCUUUGCUCAUGCUUGUCACUUGAUGAACUCAAACGGAUCGGUAGAACUUUUGGUUCUGAGAUUAGCAGUCACUAACUCAAUCGUGGACCCUUGGAUCUAUAUUUUGCUGCGGAAGGAGACAGUCCUUGGACUACUCAGAAUAAAGGCAGUGAUCUUUAAUUGUUGUGUAGCACAUAAUAGUUCUGAAAAUAAUCGUGUAGAACAACCUAAGGAAAAAUACACCAAAGAUCUCUCAACUUUACCGGACGUGGCAACAAAAUCUACCUAUAUAGAUUGCAUUGUUUAUGAUGGAGAUGAAUCCUCUGAUCCGGAGAAGAGGUUUAGUAGAAGAGAGACUGACAACUCUGUGUUCACUGUAGAACACAUAUAA